AUGACCGACUCUCCAGGCAAUGAACGAGCCGGUGCCAUUGCUCGACUCAAUCAUGACCCCAGUCGGAGUGACACAAAGGAGCACGGGCAGGGCUGUCUCUUCCCGCUGCGACCUAAUCAGCAACCUCCGAGCUAUAUUCGGAUAGAAACAACGACCCCAGGUGGCCUCCACAGCCACUGUCAGGGUACGCACAUCGCGAUGUCUUUCGGUAGGCCCGCGCAACCGACAGCGAAGAUGUUUCUGCUCUCAGACAGCUUCGAACGCACUAGAAGCAAAAGAUGUAUUCAUGGAAUAGCCAAUCCCGACUGCGGGAUGACCGCCUUCCUCCUGUCUGAAUAG